AGGACAUAGACCAUUAACCUUCCAAAUUCUUAUAUCCCAUUUGACGACAAUUUUUAUGGACCCCUGUUAUAAAUUUCAUCGUUUAGAUGUGCCUCCACCCCCGCCCUGAGUUGAAGACGUCCAGCGUGUGACGUUAAAAAUUCAUAGAUCUUUUUUUCAACCUGGAAGGAUAGGGUACGCGAGGGGGAUCCCGCACAGUCAAUGAAACAGCGUUGGCGAGGCCUCCCAGCGCAUGGUUUCGAGGAGGAGGACAGAAUCUGGGGGUUCGUGUCGGGGUUGAGAGAGAAAGGGCUGCUUCGGCUACUCCACGCGAAUCAUACAGGUUUAGUUCCGUCGCGGCUCCCGAAAGCGGUUUGGCGGCGUUCUACAGGUGCGCAUUUUGCCGGAUCCGCGUAUUUACCGUGCGGCGAAAAAACCGCGUGCCGCAGUGUCACCGGUUGUUGUUUUGUGCUGUUUGGGAAGUUUUCGGUCGCUAUAAACUCACACGGGACAGGGUGAAUCUAUUUUAUCUUCUCGGAAAUAAUCCUCAGGAUCGGCGUAAUCAACAAUGAAAUAUUCAUCAUCAAAUCUGGGUUUCACGUUAAUCAUAUUCCAAAUAACAGGUGUCUUAUCAACAAUCGAUAGACUGGAACUGAUAAUGCCAAAAUAUGCCAUCAGAGGAGGCGACGUCAUCCUUAGAUGCGAUCACAGUGUCCCUCCAGAACAAUUGUACAAGGUGGAGUGGCAGAAGGGGGGCGAGAAGAUAUUCCAAUACAUCAAGGGAAGAAGUCCACCCUUUAGGUAUUUCGAAACUCCUGGUGCAGUAAUCAAUAAAAGCAACAGUAGUGCAAAGCAGAUGCAGCUGUCAAAAUUAGAUUUUUCAGCCUCGGGUUCAUAUUCCUGCGUAGUCUCCAUGGAAACUCCGAUAUUCAGCAAGGAUUCAGAGAGUAAAGAUCUCAUCAUCAUAGAGCCUCAGCUCGAGGAUCCCAAGAUAACGUUCAACAAGGAAACUUACGAGAUAGGAGAAGUUCUGGAAGCGAACUGUACAACGGCUCCAGCUAGGCCCCCGCCCCAUAUCACGUGGUUAAUUAAUGGGGAGAAGGUUGUCGACAAGCUGACCAAAUCAUUCACCAACGGUUUCGUCCAUGGAAAAGGUUAUUUUGAGCAGAGGGCGUCAUCCAUCAAGCAGCUCUCAAUAGAGGUGGCUGAGCUCCAUGUUGGCGACGACAAUCAGCUGAUUUUGACGUGUAUGUCGACAAUUCCAGGAUAUAUUACGGUCAACGAUAAUUACGCUGACAUGCGAAAGAAGUCCAUCAAUAUCGAUAUAGUUGUCACAGAACCAGAAGUGGAGGCGAUUUCUAAUGACAAUUCAUCGAGUGGUAGUCUCAGAUCCAAUUACAUCUUCAUGACCAUUUGUUUCGCUGUUCUGAUCGAUAUCGGGCUUAAUUGAAUUCUUUUUAUAGCUGUUAUAUGUUCGAAUAGAUGAAAUGAAAAACUCAACCUGAUUACAAGCUGGUUGGCUCUA